GGUCAACGGACGCGGAAGUGAAGGAACACCAGCUCGCUUGACAACAACAGCGUUUCCUCGUCCUCAGAAGAAGAAGAAGACGAAGAAGAAGACGAAGACAACAUGGCUCUCCCGGCGCAGCUGCGAGCCAUCCAGCACCACCUGCGGACCGCGGCGGAGCACGAGAAGCGGGACCCGGUGGUGGCGUAUUACUGUCGACUCUACGCCAUGCAGGCCGGCAUGAAGCUGGACAGUAAAACCCCCGAGUGCAGAAAGUUCCUGGUGAAGCUCAUGGACCAGCUGGAGACGAUGAAGAAGGAGCUGGGGGACAACGACUCCAUUGGCCAGGAGGUGGUGGGUAACGCCCACAUCGAGAACUACGCCCUCAAGAUGUUCCUCUACGCCGACAACGAGGACCGCCAGGGCCGGUUCCACAAGAACAUGAUCAAGUCUUUCUACUCAGCCAGUCUGCUGCUGGACGUCCUGUCUGUGUUCGGUGAACUGUCAGAGGAGAACAUCCAGCACAGGAAGUACGCCCGCUGGAAGGCCACCUACAUCCACAACUGUCUGAAGAACGGCGAGACGCCCGAGGCCGGACCCACCGGCAUGGACGAGGACGGGGAAGCAGACGAGUACGGAGCAGGGGGAUUCUCCCAGGGAGCGUCCUUCAGAGGAGGGCCUCCUUCAGGGUCCUUCGAGGAACAGGACCAGAGUCUGGGUCCGGGUGCCGGACCAGGGAUCGGCUUCAGUCCAGGAGCGGGGCCAUCUGGUCCCCCCACUACCAACUUCAAUAACAUCCACAUCCCACCGGGGGCCCACGCACCCGCCAACACUCCAGCCGAGCUGCCUCCCCCCACAGAAGCAGUUAAACCGGUGCCUGUUCCCAGAUCAGUGCCCCCUGUGGACCCCGCACUGCUCAACGCCCAGCAGCAGGGCGGUGUCCAUCUCACUCCGGAGGACUUCACCAAGGCCCAGAAGUACUGCAAGUACGCGGGCAGCGCGCUGCAGUACGAGGACGUGGGCACGGCGGUCCAGAACCUCCAGAAAGCCCUGAAGCUCCUCACCACCGGCAGAGAAUGAAGCCUUUGUCCCCCCCCCCCCCCUUUUCUCCCCAGCAGCGCCGCUCUAUCUCUCGCUGAUCACACACACACACACACACACACACACACACACACACACACACACACACACACACACACACACACACACACACACACACACACACACACACACACACACACGCUCGGCGUCGGCGGACAUGAUGGAAAUCAGUCUGCAACAAUGGCCGCCUUGUGACGGACGCCGUGGCUGACGGACUGACUGCUUAUUAUUUAUCAGAACCCAAAGAUCAAAGCUCUGUUAUUGACGACUGUUGACUCAUUUCAGACGCAUCACUGCACGUUGCAUUAAAACAAUUUUGAAGUUUGAAAAAUUUAACAAGAAUCUGUCUUUUUAUGUUGCUGCUGUGGUCCCGAGCCAGGUGGCCCGUUAGCUUAGCUUAGCAUAACGACAGGAAGUAGUGGUAACAGCCAGCAGUUUUUUCUUCUCUUCUCUCCCAUCAGUUCGGGUUCUAAAGACUCGACGUGAGUCGGUGACGGAGGCCGGCUAGCGGUUUCCCCCCCCUUCCAGUUUUGAUGCUAAGCUAAUGGUAAUUGUCCAGGUUGUGACGAGGGCUGAAAAGCCGAGAAUAUUUCAACUUUGUGAGAUCGGGGGUUUGAUGCUGACCGGACGCGCUGUGGCUUUUAAUGUUCAGGAGAUUGUUCCGUAACAGAAGUAAAAUAUCUCAACGCUGACUAACGGACCGUUUAUUCUAGUUUAUUCGGUUUAUUCGGACUUCCUCCUGUUCUCCCGCCAGAAUAAAACGACCACCAGGAGUCGCCGUCUUGUUUUUGUGUCGCUGAUCAACCAUGUGACGUGUAAAGGGGGCGGUUAGCUGACAUGCUACGUGAUGAGCUAACGGAAGUCACAGACAUUUAAAAACAAAUCUUUUUGUCUACAUUUGAAUUGAACUCUAAUUUACCUUUUUCUGUUUUACAAAACAUCUGUUUGUUGAUUCUGUCUGAGAGCGGCGGCCAUCUUUGUUUUUUAUCGGGUAUUAUUAUUUAACGUUUAGGUUUCUCUGAACUUCUCUUUUCACAAAGAUCUCAUCUGUCGGACUCAGUUUGAAUAAACUAUUUGAAAUAA